AUGAGUGUGUAAUUGAAUGAUAGGCAUAUUACAUAAUUGGAAGAAUUAGAAUCAUUAAAAGGGAAACUACAAUGUCCAUCCUAUAGAUCUCGUAACCUUUCAUCAGAUAGAUAGUAUACUCCCUCGUUGACUAAUGAUUUCAGAAGCACAAGAAAUAGCGAUUAAUAGAAGGAUUCUUAAUCGGUUGAAAAAUGUAUUUUUAUUUAUAUUAUGGCCUAGUCAUGAAUCUCAAACAGUAAAAUUAGAAUGUUGAUUAUUUAUCUCAAUUAUGGAAAUAACAAAAGCAGUCCAUAUCACUAACCUAAAGUUUACAUUCAUAAAAUGCUAUAUGUACAUUUGUUAUAUCUAUAAAAUUAGCAGAAAAAUAAGAAAUCGAUUAGUAGAUUCCUAAAUAUACUCAUUAAGUGAUAGAAGAGGAAGAGAAUUUAGUUACUGAAUAAGAUGUCAAUAAAAUCAAAGUAGUUUAGGCAGUCAACAAUGUCAGAGUGAAUGGAAAAUUUCCCACUACAACAAAAUAAGGGGGCUAAAAAAAAAGUUAAUAAUAAACUCAGAACCUCUAGACAAGUAAUAAUCAAGGGUAAAACAAAAAAACUAAUAGUACUAUUAAUAAUAACAAUAAUAACAUUCGUCCUUAAACCACGAAAUCUUAAGUUCAAGUACCUCAAACACCUUAAACUCAAAAGAGAACUGUUUAAAAAAGUAACACAAAGUCCUUCUAAGAUCAGGUUUUAGAUGGUAUAUAUUUCUUAUAACAUAGUUCCACAAACACCUUCAUAAAAAUUGAAAUAAAGUUCCUUAUUAGAGAAAACUAGAUAGGGAAAGGUUAAUUAGGCUGUUUGCAAAGCCAUGACCAAAAGGAACACUGAAGAAGAAGAUAAAAAUUUAGUCUUUUAAUUAGAGAGACUAAAAGAGAGUGUGGCAAAGUUAUACAAUGGUAGGUUUGAGAAUAAGAUGGGACAUUCCACACAAUUUAUUGAAAAGUAAUUAUUAUCAAUAACUUAGAAAUUUUGAUUAAAUAAUUAAUACACUGAAAUUGGAUUUUAGGUCCCAUGAAAGUGAUAUGUGA